AUGAAUAAUAAUAACAUAUUUAGACCAUCAUCUACGCCAAGUGACGCUGUGAUAAAUGAUACUAGGCGUAUUAGAAGGAAACUAGUAAUUGUAGGAGAUGGUGCUUGUGGUAAGACUUGUUUGUUGAUAGUUUAUUCAAAGGGUACAUUUCCAACUGUCUAUGUCCCGACAGUGUUUAAUAAUGAUGUCACGACGGUUGAAGUUGAUGGUAAAACUGUUGAUUUAGCUUUAUGGGAUACUGCAGGUCAAGAAGAUUACGAUAGAUUAAGACCACUAUCAUAUCCAGAUUCAAAUGUUGUAUUGAUAUGUUUCGCUAUUGAUUUACCAGAUUCUCUAGAAAAUGUUAAAGAAAAAUGGGUUUCAGAGGUUUACCAUUUUUGUAGAGGUGUCCCAAUAAUUUUAGUUGGAUGUAAAAUGGAUUUACGAACUGACACUGAUGUCAUUCAAGGUCUAUCUAAGAUUGGAAAAGAACCAGUUACCACGGAGGAGGGUCAAACUGUAGCGACUCAAAUUGGUGCAUUUAAAUACAUCGAAUGUUCCGCGAAAACAGGAUAUGGGGUUAGAGAGCUAUUUGAAGUUGCAACAAGAGCUUCCUUAUUAUCACAAGAAAUCAAAAUGAAUCAGAAAAAAAAUGGUAAAUCAAAAAGAAAAUGCUCGAUUCUUUAG